UACUGAUCAUUUUCUGCCGUUACCGCGACUUGGCAAGAAAAAAACUGAAGCGUGAACCUCGUUCAACGAGUGUGUCGAAACUUAAUCGAUUUUUCAUUUUCGUCCUAAACCAGCGUAUUGUUUAGCAAACAAGGCAGCAAGCUAAUUUAAUUUUAACCUACAACUGACCAACCUCAAGCCGAAUGUGAUCGCCCUUCCUCAUUGUCGGACACUCUGCCAACGAGUGAAGGCCAAGGAACAUAACAGCAUAUCGCCAUUAUAUGAGCCAGUGUCCAGUGUUACUUUUACCCUCCAUGUGGGUGAGGGAGCUGUGUGUUUCAGAUUAUGGCGAGAAAAACAGUUAGCAGGAAAAGGAAGGCUGGAGAGCCGAAGGACCAACAACAGCUGGGCUGGUGUCAGACUCCACACAAGCGGAGCCGAGUUUCCUGUUCAUCACGGCAUGCCCAGCAGUCAUGGUGUAGUCGGCGCUCCGUUGUUUGUGCUCUCCGGAGCCGGGAGUUCAGACCUCAGCAACAGCAUGAGUUGCAGUUCCAGCGGAGCUUGCGUGGCUUUGCAGCAGGCAAACUCCCCGGGAUCCUCAAGGAAAGGGAGUUUUCUCUGGGACGACUCAACAAGGUGUUUGCAUCACAGUGGCUCAACCACCGGCAGGUGGUUUGUGGGACAAAGUGCAACACGCUUUUUGUCGUUGAUGUCCUGACAGGACUUAUAACACGCAUUCCAAUGCUAAAGGACAGAGAGUGUAGUGAUGGAGGCUCUGGAGUGGUUGGUGCAAUGGUGGGGGAACGACCUUACCUCCCAACAGGAAGCCCCCGUGCCCGGCUAGACCAGCAGGGCUGUGGCAUCCAUGCGAUCGAACUAAAUCCCUCAAAGACACUGCUCGCCACUGGAGGAGAUAACCCUAAUAGCUUGGCCAUUUACCAGCUGCCUACACUGGACCCCGUUUGUGUUGGAGAUACUUUUUUUCAGGAGGGACACAAUGACUGGAUUUUUUCCAUAGCAUGGAUCAGUGACAACAUGGCAGUUUCCGGAUCCAGAGACGGCUCCAUGGGUUUGUGGGAGAUUACAGAGGAAGUGUUGAGUCAGGCUGAGAGGAGACAGAACGAAGAGCCGGUACCUUCCUACGCCCACAUCUCCCACCGAACCCUCAAGGACAUCCCCAAGGAGUACACCAACCCCUACAACUGUAAAGUUCGAGCUCUGGCCUUCAACAACAGCCAUAAAGAACUGGGUGCUGUGUCCUUGGACGGCUAUUUUCACCUCUGGAAAGCAGAGAACAACUUGUGCAAGAUACUGUCCACCAAGCUGCCUCACUGCAAAGAGAAUGUGUGUUUGGCAUAUGGUCAGGACUGGUCAGUGUACGCCGUGGGCUCUCAGGCCCACGUUUCCUUCCUGGAUCCUCGGCAGCCCAUACACAGCAUCAAGUCCGUCAAUUCCAAAGAGAGAGGAAGUGGGAUCCGUUCAGUGAGUUUCUAUGAGCACAUCGUGACGGUGGGAACCGGUCAGGGUUCCCUUCUCUUCUAUGAUAUCCGGGCUCAAAGAUUCCUGGAAAACUCUUUUAAUCCAGCUGGUGGGUAUCGGAAGUGCCCAGGAGAUGGCAUUCUUAAGCUCACUACAGGACAAGGCUGGCUGAACCACGACGAGACGUGGAGGAGUUACUUCUCAGACAUUCAUUCCUUCCCCAACGCCGUGUACACCCACUGCUACGACGAGUCCGGUACCAAACUGUUUGUAGCCGGUGGGCCGCUCUGCUCGGGGCUGCACGGCAGCUACGCAGGACUGUGGAGCUAGUUUCUUCUUUUUUUUGUCCCCACGCCCCCCAAUCACUUUUCCCAUUGCAUCUUUAUCUAGAUGUUCACUUCUCAAGUACCUCCACCCUUAACCCUUGCCAGCAUCAUUAUUCACAUCACUGUCUGCAGGUUCAUCUUGCUCAAGUUUUUUCACUCAAACGUGGACUCAGGAACAUGAUCUUUCAUAACCGACAAUAGUUACUGUGGAUGUUUGUCCAUUUUUACACUGCCCCUUUUCACCCCUUAAUA